CCGGACGCAAGGUGCCGUAGGCGAUAUGAAGUCUGUUUGUAUAAAGAGAGAGAGCUGAAUCCAGAUGGAAUCUCCACACUACUGACAUGGCGUCCCCUACCAAGACCCACAUUCCUCUACCGGACUCAGGUGACAAAGUCUUAGACAAUGAAGCAUGUCUGCCUUCAGUUCCUAUCCAUAUUGUUACCAAGGCAUCUCAGCUUCCGGAAGAAUUCCUGAACCCUUCACCUGAGAAAGAAGUGGUCAUAGGCUUCGAUUGUGAGGGGGCAGAUCUUUGUCGGCAGGGGACGCUUUGUAUCAUGCAGCUCGCUUUUCCAAAUGCAAUAUACCUUGUUGAUGCCAUUCAGGGUGAAGAGUCACUUGUGCAAGCCUGUAAGCCUGCACUUGAGUCUAGUUACAUCACAAAAGUUAUCCAUGACUGCAAACGAGAUAGUGAGGCUUUAUACUUUCAGUUCGGCAUUAAGUUGCAUAAUGUUGUGGACACCCAGAUUGCAUAUUCUUUGAUUAAGGAGCAAGAAGGGAAGAAAAGACUGCAAGAUGACCACAUAUCAUUUGUUCGCCUGCUUGCUGACCCCCAAUAUGGAGGCAUAUCAUAUGUUGAGAAGGAAGAAGUUCGUGUUUUCUUGAGGCAGGAUCCCAAGUUCUGGGCGCAUCGGCCAUUGUCUGAAUUAAUGGUCCGUGCAGCAGCAGAUGAUGUUCGCUUUCUUCUGUUUAUCUACCAUAAGAUGGUGGAGAAGUUAAAUGAGAGGUCCUUGUGGUUUCUUGCUGUUCGUGGUGCACUUUAUUGCCGCUGUUUCUGCAUCAACAAUAAUAAUUUUGCAGAUUGGCCAACACUGCCUACUGUUCCAGAGACUCUGAUUGCUGGUAACCAAGCUCCAGAAGAAGAAACACUAUCUGUUCUUGAUGUUCCACCAGGAAAGAUGGGAUUUGUAAUCGGGAGACGCGGAGCUAAUAUAUUGGCAAUAAAGGAAGGAUGCAGUGCUGAAAUCAUCUUCGGAAGCGACAAGGGUCCUCCAGACACGAUCUUCAUAAUUGGCCCGGUUAGGCAGGUGAGAAAAGCAGAAGCGAUGAUAAGGGGUAAACUGCAACAGCACUACCACUAGAGCUCGGUAUUAAUCCAUGUAACGAUGAUAUACUUGUGAAAAAUAUUGUCAGAAUGCGAAUUUAGUCACAUCUACGAUGGUUUGUGGCCAUCGGGCCGUCUAUGCCUGGCAUAACAUAAUUCUGGUACCUCCCUGUGGUUCUUAACUUCUCAAACUCAAGUACAUAUUAAUCUUCUGCAUUAA